AUGUCGGAUGGAUCACACAUUUCUAGGGCUCUAAUUGCGACCAUCAAAGACAUGGGCUCAUGCCCAUGCCCUCACUGUCUCACACCGAAAGGCUUGUUUGGUUACCUCGGACUCGCAAAGGACAUGAAAUGCCGCGUAAGUAACCUUCGAGUUUAUGUUACAACUAAGGUUGCCAAGGCUCACGAGUUCAUCUAUGGAUUUGGAAAUACUGUCGAUGGUGCAAAGGUCGACAAUACUCUCGGAGAAGGCUCAAUCAAUUCGUCUGAGAAGCUGGGACCUCUGGGCCUCGAUCCAUUUCGGAUGCUUGUCGUCGACCUGAUGCAUGAGUGCGAACUAGCUUGUCGCGACCCUCUGACGAGAGAUUUCGCCAAGUCCCGACAUUUGGUAGCGGCAGUGAUUCACAAAUUUGCGAACAAUACUUCCGAGAUGAAGAAAUUGGCAGCCCGUGACUUCGAAGAUAUCCUACAGUGUGCUAUUCCAAUUUUUGAAGGGCUUUUCCCUCCCAACCAUGAUGCAACCGUACAGUCUCUGCUAUAUCGGUUUUCAGAAUGGCAUGCACUUGCUAAACUCAGGUUGCAUUCAGAUUCUACCUUGGUUUUUCUGGAAGAAUCAUUCAAAACCUCUCCCAGCAGUUGUGAAAGUUUUGGACCGACACAUGUGCUGCCUUCAACACUCUGGAGUUACCAAAAGAGAGAGCGGCUCGUCAAAGAAGGUUUGAUCAGUGUCCUGAAACCCACAAUGUCUCCCCAGAAUCCACGGGGCCCAAGGUAA